ACGGCGCAUAAUAGAGGUUAUGGUGGAGAGGUGUCAGGUGAUAGAUGUGAUACUUGAUAGUACUAAUUAGACUGAUAAUAGGGAGGGAUAUGACACCACGUAUGACACAUCGUGGCAAAAGAUGUAAAAACUGCAAUGUAAAAAGUAUUUGUCAACGAUGAAUAGCAUGUGAAUAAUUUUGCAGUCAUUUCAAUAAUCUACCGAAUGUAAUUGUUUAUAAAAAUGAAAACGUAUAAUUGAACGGAAAUCAAUAUCAAUUUGGGCGAGACAUGAGCUCUGUCACAGAAAUGACGAACAACGAUACACAUAAAGAUACGACAAAUUUUUAUAUCGGUUUAGGACUAGCAAUUAGCUCUAGCGGUUUUAUAGGUGCCAGUUUUAUCAUAAAAAAGAAGGCUUUAAUUCAGCUCCAGAAGUACGGUGGAUUGCGUGCAUCGUCUGGUGGCUUUGGCUAUUUAAAACAAUGGAUAUGGUGGGCUGGUCUUUUAUCUAUGGGCACAGGAGAAACAGCGAAUUUUGUUGCGUACGCGUUUGCACCUGCGUCGCUUGUCACACCAUUGGGCGCUUUAAGCGUUCUAGUAUCAGCAGUAUUAGCAUCCAAAUAUCUCAAUGAAAAAUUAAAUCUAUUGGGAAAGAUGGGCUGCCUGUUAUGUAUCUUAGGUUCCACGAUAAUAGUAUUACAUUCCCCGAAAGAAGAGGAAGUCAGCAGUCUAAGCGAAUUAGUUGUCAAAAUAAGAGAGCCGGGUUACAUGUUAUACGUUUUAAUCGUGAUAAUGUCUACCUUGUCGAUCAUCUUUCACUUCGGUCCAGCAUACGGCAACCAAAAUAUCCUGGUGUAUAUUUGCUUGUGCUCGUCUGUCGGCUCUCUGACCGUGAUGAGUUGCAAAGGCUUGGGCUUGGCGUUAAAGGAGACUAUCUCUGGCGGGGAGAACGCGUUUGCCAAUUGGCUAACGUGGGCCUUCAUAUUUAGCGUUAUCCUUUGCAUCAUGGUGCAAAUGAAUUACCUGAACAAGUCACUCGACCUGUUCGACACGUCUAUCGUGACGCCAGUUUAUUACGUCUUCUUUACGACUCUGGUGAUAAUAGCGUCCGCGAUUCUGUUCAGGGAAUGGACGAAGAUGAGCGCGGAAAAUAUCCUAGGUGCCUCUUGCGGCUUUCUCGUAGUUAUAAUUGCCAUAUUCAUGUUGAAUGCUUUUAAAGAAAUGGACGUAAAUUACGGUAAUAUCAGGCACAUGCUGAGGCCCAAGAGAGAAAUGCUCUCGAAUUAUAAUUCAAGAUGGAGCGAUCAAGAGGAAACGAUUAACAGAGUGGAGGCCCAGCAUUUGCUUAAUCAUACUUACGUGAGUUCAGAUCUCACUAGGACUGUUUAAAAAAUUAUUUAUUAAAAGAAACACGUGUAACCUGCAUUAUUUUAAAGUGAUAGCACUUGUACAGCGACAUUACAAGAGAUAGAUUUAAGAAAAUAAUUUAUUGUUUCCACAUUCUUCUCCGAGUGUAAAUAUGCUUUAUAUUGCCGUCGAGAGCAAUAAAAUAACUUUAAAUGUGUCUCUUGUAACUUAAUUAUAUCCUUAUUUCCAAACAAAAAGAAAGUUUGUAAAUAGAUUAGAAAAAUCUUUUUUUUCUUUUGGGUAAGGCUCCCAGUAAAUAAAAUAUUAGCAGCAUAACAGUUUGUCAGCGAUUUUAAGCAAAAACAUAACAAAAUCUCUUAUUGUUAAACCAGAUUGUACUAACGUUAUUUUAAGCAAGGCUUAAAAUUCUGUUUUUUUUUUUAACUUUAGCGAGAGAGAAAAUGAGUUUUAAGGCUCUCUUAAAGUCAAAAUGACGUUGGUGUGAUCAAAUCUUAACAAACAAAAUAUGUAUCACGUGAUCAAUAAAAUGAAUUGCUCUAUUAAA